CAUCCCGCCCCAUUCUCCCGCUUUCCAUCACCCCGCCCCAUUCUCCCGCUUUCCAUCACCCCGCCCCAUUCUCCCUCCUUCCAUCACCCCGCCCCAUUCUCCCGCUUUCCAUCACCCCGCCCCAUUCUCUAGCUUUCCAUCACCCCGCCCCAUUCUCCCGCUUUCUUUCACCUCGCCCCAUUCUCCCGCUUUCCAUCACCCCGCCUAAUUCUCCCUCCUUCCAUCACCCCGCCCCAUUCUCCCGCUUUCCAUCACCCCGCCCCUAUCUCCCCCUUUCCAUCACCCCGCCCCAUUCUCCCGCUUUCCAUCACCCCGCCCCAUUCUCCCGCUUUCCAUCACCCCGCCCCAUUCUCCCUCCUUCCAUCACCCCGCCCCAUUCUCCCUCCUUCCAUCACCCCGCCCCAUUCUCCCGCUUUCCAUCACCCCGCCCCAUUCUCCCUCCUUCCAUUACCCCACCCCAUUCUCCCUCUUUCCAUCACCCCGCCCCCUUCUCCUGCUUUCCAUCACCCCGCCCCAUUCUCCCGCUUUCCAUCACCGUGCCCCAUUCUCCCUCCAUCCAUCACCCCGCCCCAUUGUCCGUCCUUCCAUCACCCUGCCCCCAUCCCGCCCCAUUCUCCCUCCUAACAGCAUCCCGCCCCAUUCUCCCGCUUUCCAUCACCCCGCCCCAUUCUCCCGCUUUCCAUCACCCCGCCCCAUUCUCCCUCCUUCCAUCACCCCGCCCCAUUCUCCCGCUUUCCAUCACCCCGCCCCGUUCUCUAGCUUUCCAUCACCCCGCCCCAUUCUCCCGCUUUCUUUCACCCCGCCCCAUUCUCCCGCUUUCCAUCACCCCGCCUAAUUCUCCCUCCUUCCAUCACCCCGCCCCAUUCUCCCGCUUUCCAUCACCCCGCCCCUAUCUCCCCCUUUCCAUCACCCCGCCCCAUUCUCCCGCUUUCCAUCACCCGUCCCCAUUCUCCCGCUUUCCAUCACCGUGCCCUAUUCUCCCUCCAUCCAUCACCCCGCUCCAUUCUCCCUCCUUCCAUGACCCCACCCCAUUCUCCCGCUUUCCAUCACCCCGCCCCAUUCUCCCGCUUUCUAUCACCCCCUCCAUUCUCCGUCCUUCCAUCACCCCGCCCCAUUCUCCCUCCUAA